CUAUGUUUUCCUUUAUAAAAUGUUCCCAUGUGGGAUACUCAAUGUUUCACUUUUCCAUAUAUGUUCUUUACAUCUUGUUCUUCCCCAAUUUUCUUAAUGGUCUGACUCCUCCUCUGCUCGAAUCUGACUCCCAUGUGCUUGUUCUUCGCCAUCGUCUUCUAUUACGAGCUUCUCUCUGCAUUGAUCAUCUACCAAAAAGUUGUUCUGAUGGUGCUAUUCCUCGAGCCUCUCCAUACUUCCAGGUUCUUAGCAUUAGUCAUCUACCAACAAGUUGUUUCGGUGCCAUAUGCUCGACUGCAGAUAGUCGGGAGCGUCAAUUGUUUACAUAAUUUGAUUUUGGAUCGGAUAGGUUUGCAUCGAUUGGUCCUUCUGCCACUCCUUGAUCAGCUUCGUAGAGGAUUGAGCUUAUCCACGCUCAUCGUUCUUCUCUAUCCUCUCUCUAGUUUCUCUUGUCAAUUUCGUGAUGGAGUAGAUGAGGGUGUGAUGGUGUUGAAUGCAAACAGGAAGGUUGCCAAUGUUGGUGUUUGGUAGUUGGAGCAAAAACGGAUAGAGCAUGUGGUGGUUUAAGGUUGUUGCAGCUCUCAAUUUGGUGGCUUGAAUGAACUCGUUGUGAAAACAUGGUUUUGAAGAAUUGAUGAAGAACAUUUGUAAUUCUUGGCUGAUAUGGUUGUUUAAUCCAAAUCAUCAAUGAACUAAUAUAUUUGUUAACAUGUUCACUUAUAUUAUUAGGAUUAAUGUUAU